AUGAACUUAUUAGAAGCAUUGCUGGAGUUACUAAUCGUCGUCAUUGCCAUUGUGUCGCUCGUGGGGAACUUGCUGGUGUUAGUAUGUUUCACCUGCAGCGCAGAAGUCCGUGCGCAGGUGCCGGGGAUCUUUAUCACGAACCUCUCUUUCUGCAACAUCCUUAUCGCCGUUCUCAACAUGCCAUCUACCUUACUUGGGGUCGUAAGACGUCAAAAGCCGUUCGGCGACUGCUUUUGCUACACAGUGAGCUUUUUGGACACUUUUCUGACUUCCAACACAAUGUUGAGCAUGGCAGCUCUCAGUAUAGACCGCUGGAUAGCGGUGGUUUUUCCUUUAACCUAUUCCAGCAAAAUGAGACACAAAGAUGCUGUACUAAUAGUCAGCUACGCUUGGCUACACUCGCUUGCAUUCCCUCUUACUGCUAUCCUGCUGUCCUGGGUCGACUAUAAUCCCGCUUACGCGUCAUGCACGGUGCACCUUGCAGAAGAGGGUGGCCGGGGUCAGUUCAUGGUGUUCACUGUGGUGUUUCACGCAGCGACUUUUGCACUCUCGCUUUUCAUCCUGUGCUUUACCUACCUGAAAGUACUACAGGUUGCUCGAUUCCAUUGCAAGAGAAUAGAUGUUAUAACGGUGCAGACUCUUUUGCUCCUUGUCGACAUUCACCCAAGUGUGAAACAACGAUGUUUACUGGAGCAGAAAAAGCGAAGACAGAGAGCCAUCAAGAAAAUCUGCAUAUUCAUCGGGUCAUUCAUCCUAUGCUUCGCCCCAUAUGUCAUAACACGAUUGACUGAACUGGUUCCUUCAGUAAAGAUCGACCAUUUUUGGGGGGUGCUGAGUAAGUGCCUGGUGUACAGCAAAGCUGCCUCUGACCCUUUCGUCUACUCGUUGUUACGGCAACAAUAUAAGAAGGCCCUCAUUGGAGUGUACAAUAGGAUUUUGGGACGGAACUCAUACACGCUCUCUGGUAACUGCAGCCCCUCAGGCACAAAAAAUGAAUGCUACACCCAGAGGGUUACCAAGCUUCUAAAGGAUAACAGUUACUAAAGCAGGCAAAAAAAGACUGA